AUGAAGGUCGUUAUUGUCGGCGCUGGACUUGGUGGCAUUGCUUGUGGUAUCGCCUGUCGGCGUCAAGGGUUAGAUGUAACUAUUCUAGAACGAGCUCCCGAACUCUCAGAGGCAAGUGUGUUUGAGAAGAUCAAGUGCAAAGCAACUGAGAUUCUUGUCCGCCACCUCCGUCGUUGGGAUAAUGGCGAUGUUUUGGCGACACGCAAAUAUGGCCCUAUUUCAUAUGAAAAAUAUGGAUAUCCAGCCAUGGUCAUCCAUAGAGCAGACCUCCAGCAGGCACUUAUAGAAACAGCUGCCGAGCUCGGUGUUGAGAUUAAAACAGGCUGCGAUGUUAUGAAGGCCGACUUCGAGGCUACCGAGGUCAUUCUCACUGAUGGCCAACGUUUCAAAGCCGAUGUCAUUGUAGGUGCCGAUGGUAUUUGGUCUACUUUACGCAGCCAAGUGGUAGGGAAAGCCAUCGAGCCUGCAGAGACCGGGGACCUAGCAUAUCGAGGCACAUUCACGCGUCAGCAGCUUGAGGAACUUGACGACGCCGAGGUCAUUCGAUUUUGCGAUGAGAAUAAGCAAACCCUCACGUUGUGGUUAGGCCCCUUGAAGCACGCUGUUUUCUAUGCCAUCCGGGGUGGCGAGCUUUGGAAUCUGGUGUUGUUGACGCCAGACCGAAUGAAGAAGGGCCAAAGAACUGAGAAGGGCGAUCUGGCUGAGAUGUGUAGAGAGUUUGAAAACUGGGAUCCGAUAUUGACCAAGAUCACGACAUGCUUCUCGUCCACCUUAAAAUGGAAGCUCUGUCAUCACAGUGAGCUUGAAACAUGGGUUAAUUUGAAGCACAAAUCUGUCCUUCUAGGAGAUUCUGCUCACCCAACACUCCCAUACCAGUCUCAAGGUGCCGCCAUGGCCUUUGGAGAUGCCGCUGUUCUCGGCGCCCUCCUUGGAAGAUUUAGCAAAACAAGCACUGAAAAGCUAGAGGCCAGUGGAAUGACACUCCCAAAAGUCCUCGGUAUCUUCGAAUCACUUCAGAAGCCAUACUCGACCUUAAAUGUAAAAGGAGCGGCCACUAACAGAAUCAUGUACCACUUGCCAGAUGGAGAGGAACAGCAACGACGGGACAGAGAGUUUUCAGGAAUGACGGGCGAGUCAGAAAGCAAAUGGACAUGGAUUGACGGAAGAUACCAGAAGCAUAUCAUUGGGACUGACUUGGUCAAAAUGGCUUUGGACAAGUUUGACUUGGAGGUCAACGCUGAUGCUCAGGGUUGA